AUGGAGAGGACAGCCACCAUCAGCGCGUACGGAGAUGAGAAUGGCGGAUCAUCUCUUCCAAAGGAGGAGACGCCUUUCCAUCGAAGACGACAACGCAAACUCUCUCAGUCAAACCCUGUUCAACGCCGUCAGGGCAAACUUGCCCUUUUCGAAGGAUUCGGUCAAUCGGACGAUGCGCCUGAAUCUUCAGCUUCCGCUACUGCUUUCAAGGCACCCAGGCAGCCCAAGAAUCUAGGUGGCAAUGGCUUUGUCCCAUUCAAAGAUCAAGCGCCUGGGCAUGAUCGACCCUACAGAUUCUCCUUCUAUUCCAAUGCCCUGCCGGUGACGAUCCAUGCGAGGACAUUGGCGGAAUUACCGGCCGAUGGACAAUCGUUUGAAGAUCUAUUCAGAGGCAAGCAAGUGGAUAGAUCGCCUCAAGUCGAAUCGACAGAUUACGGCGAUGGAAGUGAGGAUGAUCCGGAAGCUGCGACGUGGUGGCUGGACGUCUUGUCACCGACAGAUGACGAAAUGAGAAUGUUGUCAAAGGUCUUUGGCAUUCAUCCGUUGACGACUGAAGACAUUCUCCUCGAAGAAACACGAGAAAAAAUCGAACUGUUCAGAAACUAUUAUUUGGUCUGUUUCAGAUCUUUCGAUCAAGAUCCAUACUCGCAGACGUACCUCGAACCACUCAACAUGUACAUUAUCGUUUUUAGAGAAGGCACACUGUCGUUCCAUUUCCGAGGUACACCCCACCCUCAGAACGUCCGUCGUCGAAUCAAGCAUCUCAAAGAUUACAUUUCCGUCACCUCCGAUUGGAUCUCGUAUGCUCUUAUCGAUGACAUUACCGAUGCUUUUGGGCCUUUGAUCCAGAGCAUAGAGUACGAAGUCGACAGUAUCGAUGAGCUGGUGUUGAUUUUAAAGGAGGCGGAGCAGAGUGACAUGUUGAGGCGGAUCGGAACGUGUCGUAAAAAGGUUAUGGGACUACUUCGAUUGAUGGGCAACAAGGCGGAUGUGGUCAAGGGUCUGGCCAAGCGAUGCAACGAGCAAUGGCUGGUGGCUCCAAAAUCAGACAUUGGUCUCUAUCUCUCCGAUAUUCAAGACCAUUUGAUCACCAUGACGCAGAACUUGAAUCACUAUGAGAAGAUCUUGUCCCGAUCUCAUUCCAACUACCUCGCCCAGAUAUCCAUCGAAAUGACCGAUGCGAACAAUCAGAUCAACGAUGUGCUCUCAAAACUGACAGCCUUGGGUACGGUGCUUAUCCCUAUGAACUUGGUCACUGGUCUCUGGGGGAUGAACGUUCAUGUUCCUGGACAGGAUAUCACGACCGGAUAUGCUUGGUUUGGAGGGAUUUUAGGAAGUUUAGCUUUGUUUGCUGUCCUUGGAGCGUUCGCCACUGUAAGUCACCACGCAGGCCCCACACACGCGUCGCUGAGAUUUCGCAGUACAAGUGUUUCGUCCGAUAGUCCAUGCUUCGUCGCUUGCGGUAUUCAAUAUAGUCUUUCUACGGUAUCAGUCCCGCCAUCGCGCGCCCUUUUUUUUUGGUAUGUAUCACAUCCAUCGCCUUGGUGGAUCGAUCCGAUCACGGAUGGUGUUCUCACCUUUCUAUGCGUCGCGUAG